UGUGCAGCACCGUCAUGGAAAAAAAAAAGUAGAUUGUCAUUACUCCCACAGGGGGAUUGACCGGUGCAACCAGUCCAGUGUUAGUCAGAUAAUCUCACUGUUGUAACGCUGUGUCCAUGUGACUCUCUCGCUGACUCUCUUAUCCUCUUACAGCGGCUCUCACCUCAAAUCGCAGCUCAUCCUGCAGAGCUGCAGCCGACAGAGUGACAGCAGAGCGGAGAGGCAGCAGAGACAUGGCGAGUCCCGGGCAGAAAGUGGUGCUGAUCACCGGCUGCUCCUCCGGCAUCGGCCUGAGGAUGGCCGUGAUGCUGGCCAAGGAUGAACAGAAGCGCUAUCAUGUCAUAGCAACGAUGCGUGACCUGAAGCGUAAGGAUAAGCUGGUGGAAGCUGCCGGGGACGCUUACGGGAAAACUCUAUCUCUCGCUGUGCUGGACGUCUGCACCGAUGAGUCGGUCAAACAGUGUAUCAACGGCAUCAAAGACAGACAUGUGGACGUCCUCAUCAAUAAUGCCGGUAUCGGCCUCGUGGGUCCAAUAGAAAGCAUCCCCAUCGACGAGAUGAAGAAAGUGUUUGAGACCAAUUUCUUCGGGGUGAUCCGGAUGAUCAAGGAGGUGAUGCCUGACAUGAAGAAAAGGAAAGGAGGACACAUCAUCGUGGUCAGCAGUGUGAUGGGCCUGCAAGGUGUGGUGUUUAAUGACGUGUAUGCAGCUUCCAAGUUUGCCAUGGAGGGCUUCUGUGAGUGUUUGGCUGUGCAGCUUUUGAAGUUCAAUGUCACAAUGUCAAUGAUUGAGCCGGGACCGGUGCACACAGAAUUUGAGGCAAAAAUGAUUCAGGAUGUGAAGCAGAAGGAGUUUCCCGGAGCCGAUGCUGAUACGGUGAACUACUUCAAGAACGUUUAUCUUCCUUCGUCUGUGGACAUCUUUGAGACACUGGGACAAACGCCUGACGACAUCGCCAGAUGUACCAAGAAAGUGAUAGAAGCAAGCAACCCGCGUUUCCGUAAUCUCACCAACCCUCUGUACACGCCCAUCGUUGCGUUGAAAUACGCCGAUGAAACUGGAGGCCUGUCUGUCCAUUCCUUCUACCACAUGCUCUUCAACCUGGGUCCACUAAUGCACGUCAGCAUGACCGCCAUGAAGUACCUCACCUGUGGGUGUCUGAGGAGCAGGACCAUUUCACCAAACUGAAAAUAUAUUAUGUUACUAUAGAACACAGUAAAGAC